AUGACGAUUCCGUUUGACGACGACAUGAUGGAGCGCUUUGUGGCAUACGGGCAGCAGUGCUAUGGCCAGGAGGAGAAGUUCGAUCUUGAAACCAAGAAGCGGCUAAGGUCUUGCCUUUCCAGUUUCGAGCAGGCAAACUUGAUUAUCUACUGGACUCGGCCUGCCGUGGCCCUCAAGUUCAAGAAGCAUGAUCGCAACAAGGACUUCUUUUACAAUGCUUACCCCUGCCCCUGUAACAUCUGCUAUCGCAUCCACAUGCUUGUGUCCAUCCUAGUCGGGAUCGAGAUGGCAGAGUUCGUCGACACUGUUCUGGCGGAGCGGCCCGUGGAGACAUGGGAGGGCUUUGCUGAGAAGGGCAUGGCCGUGCUACUGGAAGAUCCCGAGGUGGUGGAGUACUACGAACGCGUCGUGAGGCAUGGCCGUCAGGUCAUGCAGGCCAUCGUCGACCAAGACAUCGAAGAGUUUGUGGCGUGCCUCCUGCUGGUUAUCUUUUCCGUUCGGAACCUGGACCAGGACUUCGAGUUCCUCGAAUUCUUCGCCGGCCGGGCGAACCUGACGUAUGCCAUGCGGCAAUCCCAGAGGAAAUCUGCACGCUUCGACAUACUGCACAACUCCAGGUUUCACAAAGGCGGUAAGUUGAGGAGCACCAUCCUCAUGUACUUGGUCACGGUUGUUGGCGGGGUGUGGUUGGUUGAACAACCCGGUGGUUCCAGCCUGGAAUAUUAUCCGUGCUUCCGGGACCUGCUUCGUGCGCACUGGGAUGUGAGCGGCCCUUGUUCAGUGUUUCGGGUUUCCUGGUGGGUGGCUCACUAUGGGUCGCAAACUCCGAAAAGGCACUAUGCUUGGUGCAAUUCCGAGUAUGUCAAAGGCCUCUGCCGGGGCCGCUUGCAGCUGAAGCAAUGGUUUGCGCGGCAUCUGGUCAAACUGGCAAGCAGCUUGACUCUUACAGGAAAGGGGUGCCCGCCUCUUCCCAAGGACAUCCCAGAGGCCAGCGCACAGCAGAUGCAAGUCGAGGAAGAGGCGCUUAUGAGACACAUAGAGGAAGGAGAUGCUAUGCCUGAUGACUGUGAAAUUAUCAGCAGCCUGCAGAAGAUGAUCCCUCCUAGGAACCUAGCUGCAAAGGCCGAGCCUGCACAGGAAUGUUCCCAGGCAGCCCAGACCUCGGCCCCACCGACAGCAAGGACCAUCGCAACACCAGUGCGCAAUCUUGCUGUUAAGACUGAGCAGCCCUCGGAGGAGUCUGAGGUUGGGCAAGCAAAGGCUUCUGCUGAGGUGCCCCCCGAAGCUGCUCCUACCACUACGCACAACCCUCAGAAGCGUCCACUUGACAAAGCAGCCGAGAGCGUUGCCAAGCGCAUGGUGGCCCCCCACAAAACCAGGACCGAUCUCCAGGUUCCAGAGUAUCUCAAAAAAUAUUGGGAAGCCGGGACGAGGGAAAAGGAUGAACUUGCAGAACUUCUCAAGAAGUGCAACUUCGACCGAGACAGCUUCAUCUGCACCGUCGAGAGGGUUGUCACCAAGAAGGAGAAACUCACGUUGAAAUUGGACCAGGGAUGGUACUCGGAGGGUGAACUCCGGGACGAGUUGCACUGGGCGGCGUCUCGAAUCGAGGGGGUGAAGCGCCACUGCAUGGCCAACAAGGACACCCAUGUGCUGCAUGAUCUGAAGUGUGCAUGUGGAAAUCUUUAUACACACUUUUGCUUUCAUCUGAGUGCCAAUGUCUACGACGGGGAGCUGGAAUUCUGGGUUACGGUUCGAGAGCGAGGAGAACGCAAGGAGACCGUCACACGUGAAGAGCGCCAGAGCCAGAAGGAGCAGGGUGGACCCGUGGAGAUUUCUGGCAAGAGCUUUGCUGGGCUCGAGUCAAUGGAGAAGCGCUUCGACAAAGACGAGUCUUUUGCUAGCAGUCAAAGGGAAAGUGGCCAGUACAUGCAGGAGCAAGAGACGCUGAAGAAGUUCUGCGACUCCCUGAAUAACAAGUCUUGCAAACUUCGUGGCCUCAUUAAGGACCUGGAGACCAACUACGCUGCAUCACCCCAAGCCAAGACGGCUCUGGACGAGCUGAACAAAGCGGUGCAAAGCUUGGACCACGCCUUCGAGGACUGCAAUGUGGCCCAAGUCCACGCUGAGGUUCACGGCUUGUCGGCCGAGUUUAAAAAACUUGCUGACGGGAAGAUCAAGAAAGGUUACCAGCCUGGCAAAGCGCUCCGUGGCUUUGCCGCGGAUAUCGGAGCCGGUGAUUCCUAUGGUCCCCAUGCAUCGAAGACAGCAGUGGAGGUCGAGGACUACAUGCUACCGCAGAAGGAACGAGCAUCAUGUGGCCUAGCUGAGGUGUAUGCUCGGUGUCGGGCCUUUGACCAGAUUUGCUUCCAGCUUCCAACAGGAAGCCACCUGGCAGGCAAUGUGCUUCUCCAUGCAUCAACUACCAUCGAACGCUUAUUCAAUGAUCACACGCCUAUGAUUUUCAAAAUCGGCUGGACGCACGACCCUGCUUUUCGAUGGGCAAACUCCCUCUUUGGAUACUACCAUGAUCCUUAUGUUCGGUGGGAUGCUAUGGUUGUUUUGUACGUGGCGAUGAACCCACACGGGCCAGCGAUGUUGGAGGUUCCUGCCAAGGCGGUGGUGCGGACGGCCCGCAACAUUGUUGCGGAUUUAGGCACGGAGGCUGCCAGUUCUUCACGGGGACUGAAAAGGGUUGCAGACUGCAGCCUGUCGAAUGCUGAGCGUGACACAAACCGAGUACUCACGAAAAAGUUCAAGCUGGCCCUGCCAAUUCCGCUCCGAAACUUAGAUGAAUCUGAUACGAAGCUUCGUUUCCCUGUGUUGCGUCUACGAGACUGGGCACAAUAUCUCCUCGACCACAACCUCUGGCACACACUGUGUGGACUACGAUCCCCGGACAUUAGGCGGGAACGGGCCAUCCUUUCUGGAUUUUGGGCUGAGUACAGGCGCCUUCACCCGAACCAUACAAUUUUUCAACUGGGUUUGAGCCUGGAGGACACUGUGCCGAUGGUCUACCACGGGGACGAGGGACGUGGACGGCGUCGCCAGGGAUGGUUGGUCACCAACUACCAUUCCAUUUUGGGACGUGGCAUACAAGCAGCACUGGACAAGGAUGCUCGGGACAAGAGGCCUGGCAAAUACCUCAAGCUGCGAUGCAACUAUGUUGGCCACAGCCUUACAAAUCGGCGUCUCGAACGAAAGAUGGGACGCAAAGGCUACAUGGUAGUCCUCAACGUGGUGGGCGAUUGGGGCUGGCUUCACAAAGCUGGUGGCCUUUGCCGCACCUACAACAACAUGGUCAAGGCUGGGGCAAAGGCGAAAGCAAAGGCUGCAAGCUCAAAGAAGCCCAAAGAUCCUGUUGGCAUAUGCCAUUUAUGUCGAGCAGGCCAGAAUGGUGUUCCGUUCGAAGAAAUCCACAGCCGAAGGCCAGCCUGGCUGGCCACGAUGUGGUUAACCCCACCGAGCUUUGCACGAUUGGACCACUCUGUGGGCGAGGCGGCCGACAUUUUUGCUUUUGACAUAUUUCACGCUUUCCAUCUUGGCGUGGGGAAGGUGCACGUGUCCUCAUGCAUCGCCGUUUUGUCCGAUGUAACAGCAGGCUCAAACAUUGACAGUCGCUUCGAACUCUUGAACCGUGAAUGGAAAGCUUUCAAAGCAGGUGUGUAUCAGCCCAAGCUGACGCAGGACUUCAUAGGCUGGAACACUCGUUCUGAUUUCCCGACUGGGAGUUGGCACCGGGGUCAGCUUACGACAGACUUGAUGCUUUUUCUUGAGAAGAAAUUUCAGAACAUGGACGUGUCGAGCGAUGAACUCUUGCUCAAAGCGGCUGAAGCCACUUCCACGAUGAAUGAAUGCUUGCGCUUGCUCUAUCAGAAUGAUUCGGUGUUUUUGCCGCCAGACAUAGCCCACCCGAUCGCGGAACUUGGAAUCCGCUUUCUAAGACGCUAUUCGGCGCUUGCAAAGCUUGCUUACGACAGGACUUUGUUGGGCGCCCUUCAAGAUUAUCGCGCCGCGUAG